GAGGUAUAUAGGCUAGGCUUGGCUACUAUCGCUUUGCCUUUUCCUUGUGACUUUAUUCAUUUUUGCAGGUCUUCGAAUUGCAUCUACCCAUGGUUUCAAAGAGUUGAGCACGGAUUGGAAAUUGUUCUUAUCAUCUCUGUCGCAAAUUGGAACAAGCGUGAUUUUUCUUACUGAACGGAAAACAGACGCUCGUACCGGUGAACUCAAAAACUGCUUUAGCUCCUCAAAACAAUUAAAUGCCUACCAGAGUACCCUCCGAGGACACCCUGUACAAUGGAGGUGCACAGGGUGAUGGGCUGAAUGGCAGACUUGGUCCAAACCUCCCAGAGUUUGUCUACAAUGGGGAGGUGUGUGUCAGCGGCAUCUCUGGCCGCAUGCCAGAGUCGGCCAACAUGCAAGAAUUCCGGGAUCACCUGAUGAAGAAAGAAGACAUGGUGACUGCAGACAACAGAAGAUGGGAAGUGGGUCUGCAUGGAGUGCCACCCAGAAAUGGCAAACUUUUAGAAAUUGCUAAAUUUGAUGCUGGAUUCUUUGGUGUCCACCCAAAGCAAGCAGACUGCAUGGACCCACAGCUCAGGAUGUUGUUGGAAGUAUCUUAUGAAGCCAUCAUUGAUUCAGGCCAGACUUUGCAGAGUGUCCGAGGCUCCCGCACCGGUGUGUUUAUUGGUGUCAGUAUUGCUGAAGCUUCUGAAGCCUGGUCUGCUGACCCCGAGACCCUUGUGGGCUACAGUAUGCCGGGAUGCUGCAAAGCCAUGUUUGCCAACAGAAUCUCUUUCUUCUUUGACUUCACUGGCCCAAGUUAUGCAGUUGACACAGCUUGCUCUUCCAGCAUGAUGUGUCUUGAUCAGGCUCUGAUGAACAUUCGCAUGGGCUUCAUCGACUCUGCUCUUGUCGGUGGUACCAACUUGUGUCUGAAGACUCAGACGUCUCUCCAGUUCACCAGGAUGGGAAUGGUGUCCCCUGACGGAGCAUGCAAGACCUUUGAUGCCUCCGGGGACGGCUACUGUCGCAGUGAAGCUGUGAUGGCUAUCUUCCUACAGAAGAGUGCAGACUGCAGAAGGAUUUAUGCUACAGUUGUUCACACCAGGGCCAAUGCUGAUGGUUACAAAGAACAAGGAAUCACAUUCCCAUCUGGCAAUCUUCAGAAGCGCUUGAUCAAUGAAGUUUACAAUGAUAUUGGCCUCAACCCAAAAGAUAUUGCAUACAUGGAGGCUCAUGGAACAGGAACCAAAGUCGGGGACCCUCAAGAGAUCAACUCCAUCGUUGACGUGUUCUGCAAGGACAGAGAUACCCCUCUUCUGAUUGGAUCAACCAAGUCCAACAUGGGUCACCCAGAGGCUGCAUCAGGUCUCACUUCUCUUGCCAAAAUCAUCAUUGCUAUGGAGGAGCGAGUGAUCCCACCAAAUCUCCAUUACAAGACACCCAAUCCAGAGAUCCCGGGCCUUUCUGACGGCAGUUUGCAAGUUAUCACAGAAUGUACCAAGUGGGAUGGUGGUCUUGUGGCCAUGAACUCUUUUGGCUUUGGUGGAGCAAAUGUGCAUGCUGUGUACAGGUCCUAUGACGCAGAGCCACGUGAGCCUCAUAUGGCCAGUGAAAAGCCACGACUGUUCACCUUCAGUGCCCGAUCAGAGGAGGGAGUGCGUGAGGUGCUGAAAGAAGUCAGAAAGAAUGCAAAGAGUGUGGAGUUCCAAGCUCUGAUACAGGACAGUGCCAACAUUCCCACCAACCAGGUUCCCUACAGAGGAUACACAAUAAUCAAUGGCACCUCAGAAGUGGAAGAGGUUCAGAAAUGCGGCCCAGAUCGCAGACCCAUUUGGUUUGUGUUUGCUGGCAUGGGCACACAGUGGCAUGGAAUGGCCCGUAAAAUGAUGGAAAUUGAAGUGUUCAGGGAGUCGAUCUUGCGCUCAACAAAGACACUCAGCCAAUACGACCUCAACCUCUAUGAGCUGCUCAUGAACGGAGAUGAGACCACUUUUGAUCAGACCAUUCCUUCCUUCAUUGGCAUCGCCUCCAUUCAGGUUGCCUUGGUGGAUCUCCUCCACUCGCUGGACAUCCACCCAGAUGGCAUUGUGGGCCACUCUGUGGGAGAACUGGGUUGUGCCUAUGCUGACGGCUCACUCACUGCUGAAGAAGCGGUGCUUAGUGCAUACUGGAGAGGCCGAUGCAUCUCUGAAGCCACCCUGCCUGCUGGAAAAAUGGCAGCUGUUGGUCUGUCUUGGGAGGAGUGUAAGAAGCUUUGCCCAGAGGGUGUUGUCCCUGCCUGCCACAACUCUGUUGACACAGUCACCAUCUCCGGCCCAUAUGAGGCCACCACCAAAUUUGUGGAGGAUCUCAAGGCUAAGGGAGUUUUCACUCGUGAUGUGAAGUCCUCCAAUGUGGCCUACCACUCAUACUACAUGAACGACAUUGCUCCCCAACUCAAAGCUGCUCUGAGCAAGGUGAUCACCCCCAAGAAGCGUUCGCCCAAGUGGGUGAGUACUUCUGUGCCUGAGGCUCGCUGGGGAGAGGAACUGGCUCAGUAUUCCUCGGCAGACUACCAUGUGAACAACUUGGUGAGUGCCGUGCUGUUCCAGGAAGGCCUCCAGAAGGUUCCCAGCAACGCCAUCGCCAUUGAGAUCGCUCCGCACUGCCUGCUGCAGGCCAUCCUCAAGAGGUCGCUCAGCACCGAGGCCACCUUUGUUGGGCUCAUGAAGAGGUUCCAUGAGAACAACAUCGAGUUCUUCUUCAACAGUCUUGGAAAGUGUUUUGCCAACGGAAUGGACCUGAACCCGUUGAAGGUCUACCCUCCUGUGCAGUACCCAGUGCCACGUGGUACUCCCAACGUCUCCUCGUGCAUCUCCAAGAUCUGGGACCACUCCGUGACCUGGUCUGCCCCCCAUGGAGAGGACUACCCCACAGGCACUGGCGGCGCUUCCUCAGAUGCUGUCUUUGAGAUCGACGUCUCGGACGAGUCGCCUGACCACUACAUUGUUGGUCACAAAAUCGACGGCCGCGUGCUGUAUCCCGCCACAGGCUACCUUGUCCUGGCCUGGCGAGCCCUGGCCCGCCUCAAGGGUCAGCUGUACGAGCAGAUGCCAGUUGUGUUUGAGAACAUCAACAUACACAGGGCCACCGUGCUGCCACCCUCUGGGACUGUCUCUUUGAGUGUAAGCAUCAUGCCUGCCACUGGAGAGUUUGAGAUUUGUGAGAAUGAUUCCCUUGUGGUCAGUGGCAUUAUCUACUCCCCCGAUGGCCAGUUCCUUGACCGAGAUCUGUACCCAGCUGUCAAACAGAUCAUGUCACAGAAAGAGGUCUCAGAGUUCCAGCUCACCAGAGAGGAGGUGUACAAGAGCUUGAGACUGCGGGGCUAUGACUAUGGACCAACAUUCCAGGGCAUUGCCCGCUGCAGUCAGACAGCUGAGACCUUGGAGCUUACUUGGAAUGGACGUUGGAUCUCGUUCAUUGACACCAUGCUGCAGGCCCUCAUUGUGGCUGAUAAUGUCACAGCUCUGCGCCUGCCCACCAGAAUCCGCAAGGUGAAGAUUGAUCCCAAGUCACACCCGCCAGUACCGCUUGAGGGAGAAGAGCCCAUUGAUAUUCCUGCUUACAUCAAUGAGACCCUGAAAAUGGCCAUCUCUGGGGGAGUUGAAAUCCAAGAUCUCCAUGCAUCAGUUGCCCCAAGAAGAGGUCUGCAGACUGCACCUACUUUGGAGGAGUAUCGCUUUGUGCCAUACACUGAAGAUGUGAGUGCACCUCCGGCUUCUCUUGAAGCCUAUGCCACAGGCUGCCUCAACUACACUCUCGAAGGUCUCAGCAAACUCCUGUCUCAGGAUGCUGAUGGUGCUCUGCCCAACAAGGAUCUUCUCAAAGAUGUCGUCACGAACAACAAACCCUCUGCACCUUCAGAUUUGCAAUCACUUUUGGCACAACCAAAUUGUGGUCUUGCACAGACACUGGAGAAGAUCUUCAGCCUCUCAGCAUCUUCAUCCUUCCAGGAGAAUGCAAAGAAUGUCCUGCAGUCUUUCCGCUCCGCAUUGGCGUCUGACGCGCUUCUCUCCAGCCUGAACACUGAAGAUAUCUUGAAGCCCUGCCUCGACAUUGUUUUGGAAAAUAUUUCCUCCAACAAGCCAGCCAUUUUUGAGGCUGGGGCUGCUUCGAGUGCUCUAUACCGCAAAAUCAUCCCCAUGAUCACGUCACACCCUCUGAAGAGUGUGAUCUAUACUGGUGCGGACAAGACUGCUUUGGACAAAGAUGCUAAAGGUCUGGGUGUGAAGGGUUCUCAGUGGGACCCGUCCACAUCCAAAUCUGUCCCGCCUGGCCAAGUCCAACUGCUGGUUCUGAAGAACAUACUGCACAAACAGUCAGACAUCGACAGUACGCUGGAGACAGUCUCCACCAUGGUCGUCCCUGAGGGCUUCAUCCUUGUCGAGGAGGUCACCAAAAACUUCCCACUCCAUCUCGCCUUGGAAACCAUUUCUGAGAAAUUGUCAGACAAAAAGUCUCCCGAUGUCUGUCGGGUGUGUGGUUGUUACUUGACUGAGGGAUCCUGGGUGGAAGUGUUCACCAGACACAACUAUGAGGUCAUCUACAGAAAGUCUGACAAUCUCCUCUCCACGCUGUUCCUGCUCCGCAAGAAAGCCGAGAUCUCACCGACUCUAGUCUCCAUUGAUGAUCUAGAAUGUUCCUGGCUGGAAGAUCUGAAAGCAAAGGUCAGUGAGCUGGACUCUGCCCCCGAAAACGCACGUUUGUGGAUUGCAGCUCAGGAUGGGAUCAAUGGACUCGCUGGCUUCAUCAACUGUCUCAGGACAGAGGCUGGAGGAAGCAAAGUCCGAGGUCUACUCAUCAGCAACCUCAAGUCAACCACUCAGCCACAGAUCACCGUUGAUAGCCCAGAGUUUAAGAAGCUUGUCCAGAUGGAUCUCGUUUCCAAUGUCUACAGGGAUGGACAAUGGGGAAGCUUCAAACAUGUAUCAGUGCCCCUAGACGGUGCCAUCAGUGAGAAGCCCAGUGAUUAUGCCUAUGUCAAUGUACUUACUCGUGGUGACUUGUCCAGCUUGAAGUGGAUUGAAUCACCUCUGAAGUUCUUCCAGCCCGAUGGCAGUGACACAGAACUAUGCAGUGUGUACUACACAUCUCUAAACUUCCGCGAUGUGAUGCUGGCCACCGGUAAACUUCCGCCGGAUGCAAUCCCAGGUCACAUAGCGGCUCAGGACUGUAUUUUGGGCAUGGAGUUCUCAGGCAGAGACAGCAAGGGCAGCAGAGUUAUGGGCAUUCUGCCUGCCAAGGGCCUGGCAACAGCUGUAGACACUGCCAAACGCUUCUUGUGGAACAUUCCGGACAGCUGGAGCAUGGAGGAAGCUGCCUCGGUGCCUGUGGUCUACUGCACCGCCUAUUACGCUCUGGUCAUCAGAGGCAGGAUCAAGAAGGGAGAGAGGAUCCUCAUUCACUCCGGCAGUGGUGGUGUCGGACAGGCUGCAAUCGCUGUGGCUCUCAGCUAUGGUUGUGAGGUGUUCACGACAGUCGGCUCCACAGAGAAGAGAGAAUACCUGAAACAGAUUUUCCCACAGCUCAAAGACAGAAACUUCAGCAACUCCAGAGAUCUGUCAUUUGAAUAUCACAUCCUGAAAGAAACGAACGGAGAAGGUGUGGAUCUUGUACUGAACUCGCUGGCAGAAGAGAAGCUCCUGGCCAGUGUGCGGUUGCUGGCGAAACAUGGCAGGUUUUUGGAGAUUGGAAAGUUUGACUUGUCCAAUGACACACCAUUGGGUAUGUCCAUCUUCCUGAGGAACAUCAGCUUCUGCGGCAUCUUACUUGACGCCCUGUUUGAGCACCAGACAGAUGACUGGGUUGAAGUGGCUAAGAUGGUCAACGAAGGCAUGGCCUCAGGAGUCGUCCGCCCAUUGAAGACCACCAUCUUCGGCAAGGAUGAGGUGGAAGAAGCUUUCCGCUUCAUGGCCCAGGGCAAACAUAUUGGAAAAGUUGUCAUCCAAGUCAGAAGUGAAGAGCCAGAGAAAGUGGCCACACCACCUCCUGUUUGCUUCCCUGCUGUACCAAGGACAACAUGCAACCCGAACAAGUCGUACGCAAUCACCGGCGGCCUGGGAGGAUUUGGCCUGGAGCUGGCGCAGUGGCUGGUGGAGAGAGGAGCCAAGAAACUUGUGCUGUCUUCCAGGUCUGGCGUGAAGACAGGUUACCAAUACAGUAGGAUCCAGCGCUUUAAGGACCUGGGUGUCACUGUGGAAAUCAGCAAAAAGGAUGCCAGGACUCUGGAUGGAGCCAAAGCUUUACUGCAAGACUGCCAGAAAUUAGGACCUGUUGGUGGUGUUUUCAACUUGGCCAUGGUGCUCCGUGAUGGUCUUUUUGAAAACCAGACGUCAGAAAUGUACAAGACUUGUUGCGAGCCUAAAAUUCAAGGCACUAUCAACCUGGACAAAGCCACAAGAGAAUUGUGCAAAGACUCAUUGGAAUGGUUCGUUGUCUUCUCCUCUGUUGUCUCUGGCCGUGGAAACCUGGGACAGACCAACUACGGCUUCGCUAACUCAGUCAUGGAGAGGGUCUGUGAGAGAAGAAAAGCUGCUGGACUUCCUGCUCUUGCUAUUCAGUGGGGAGCCAUUGGUGAUGUGGGUUGGAUCGCUGAAUCGAUGGGCGGCAACGACACAGUUGUUGGUGGCACACUACCUCAGAGGAUGGCCUCGUGCCUGACUGCACUGGACCAGUUCCUCACUCACAACUACACCAUCAUGUCCAGUUUUGUCAUGGCACAGAGGGACUCUGGCAAGAAAGAGGGAAGCUCCAACCGCGUCAAUCUGGUUGACUCUGUAGCAAGGAUUCUGGGUGUGAAAGACGCCACGUCCAUUGACCCUGACACGAGCUUGGCUGACCUGGGUCUGGACUCCCUCAUGGGUGUGGAGAUCAAGCAGUUGCUGGAGAGAGACUUUGAAGUGUCUCUCAGCUCCAGAGAAAUUAGGCUGCUCAACAUCAAGAAAUUACAAGAAAUGAAUGUAAGUGACGAAGAUGGCGCCGAUGGUUCAGAUACUCAGCCCAAAGAAGGAAACACGGUAUUACCCAGUGCUGCCAAACCGCAGGAGUCCACCGUGGCCUUGAGGUUUAACUACAAAGAGAUGGUGCCAAAAGAUGCUGUCAAAAAGAUCAACAGUGUAAAGAAUGGAGUCAAGCCUCUAUUUAUUGUGCACCCCAUUGAAGGUAGUGUUGUUGCCCUGGAGACUCUGGCCGCCACCCUGCCCUGCCCUGUGUAUGGCCUCCAGUGCACUGCCAAAGCCCCACUCACUUCAGUGGAAGCAUUGGCUGGAUUCUACUUGCAGCAACUCAAUGCAGUUGACCCUGACGGCCCGUACCGCCUGGCUGGCUACUCCUUUGGUGCCAUGAUUGCCCUGGAGAUGGCGUGCCAGUUGCGCAAGAACUACCCCAACAGACCAGACAUUGUGGAGUCCCUCGUGUUGUUGGAUGGCUCGCACAGGUUUGUGGAGAUGCACACUGACGUUUACCGUCGCUCCAUGAAGCUCAGCUCCCGCGAAGAGGAGGAGUCUGCAGGCAUGCUGGCCUUUGUGAACUUGUUUACUCAGGUGGAUCAAGUGCCGUUCUUCAAGUCCCUUGUGGCCGCCAAAGACCAGAAAGAGCGAAGUCAACUUGCCGUUGAUGCUAUCAUGAAGACUGGCAAGUUCUCGGACAGAAAAGACUUGGAGCACCUGGUUGUGGCCUACUACUCCUCCCUGGCCAUAGCUGAGUCGUACAUGCCAGGGAAAUAUGCUGGUGACAUCACUCUGGUCAAGGCCGAGCAGAACAGUAUUACAUCAAGUGGCAUUGGAGAGGACUAUGACCUCAGUCUGGUCUGUGCUGGAAAAGUGAAUGUAAAGGUGGUGCCUGGCAACCAUGAGUCCUUCAUUCUGGGAGAAGGAGCCAACAACGUUGCCAACAUUAUUGUCCCGUUGCUAUCGUAAAGCAGACUUUACCGAGAAGCCUCAGCCAACAAGUAUUUAAGGAAACUCAGGACCUCCGAUCACUGGUAGUUCAGACUUGCCCGUCUGUCCACGUCACGAGACCACAGGGAGGACUUUGUCCUAGUUCCACGUAUGGAAGUUUGUGCGGUAGUCCUCCGCAGAGUUUAUGUUAAUGCACACCGGAUGCUUUUAAAAAAUAUCUGUUGCCAUUUCAGCAAAAUGCUAAUUGUUUUGUUGUAAUAUCCCCCACCCCCAGCCUCCUUCCAUGUCAGUGUUUGUGGGUGGAUCAACCUUCCCAGGGGAGAAGGAGGAAGUUCAUAUUUUGUCACUUGGGUGACAUUUGGUAAAUCACGAUUUCUGCAAAAAUUAUUCUACCUGCAGAGGGAAUCUGCGUGAUAAAGUCAAAAUGUUUUUAGAUUUCUUCUUUUUCUUAUAAGAAAUAUGUAUAUUGGAAUUUUUUUGACCAGCUCAGUGUAUACACACUUUGAUUGGUUGACAUAAUCUUGUGGCAUGUAUACUUCUCUUUGGAGCAACUGAAUCCUACUUACUAGUGAGAGACAGGUGAAAUGUAGGGGUUGUGCAACCCAUGCUUGAUAACUGUCUCUGGACUUGACACAAAUGUUUGUUGUUAGCAGAAGUAUUGAGUUAAACUGGAGAAGCUGGAGACCUUAGUGGUAGGCUCUGUUGUGUAUUCAGAGCAGUCCCAACCCAUGCCCCCACUUGGACCCUUACAAGAGGCUUGGUACCUUUCCAGCCCUUCCUACAAAUACUCUUAGCAUUGCUGCCUACUGAGGCAUAGAUACUCUGUUUGAAAUGUUUUUUCUACUUGUUGACAAUAUGUUUAUUGUGUGAAUUUUUGUAUUUGAGCCUGAUAAUCUGGUCAUUGCCCACCCACUCCCAUCUCAGACUUGGAGGCUUCAUUGUCAUGUCAUUAUUUCAGUAUGUAUGUAAUAUAAUUUGUUGAUGUUUAUUGGUCUGUUUUCUCUCUAGUGGUAGGGCACCGCUUCGGUGUGAGUUUGACACUGUUUUUGUUAGUGGUUCUAUUUAUUUUCUGGUCGUUGUGGCAAGGAAUCAAAAGAUCAGGAUGGUAUAGGUAUUGUUUUUUUUUGUUGAAAAUGUUUUCUACUCUUGUGGACAAACUAGUGCAAUUGUUCUGGAAGCUUCUAGAUGUUGCUGAGAUCCACACUUUAACAUGCUUAUUCAGUAUCGUACUGUUAUUGUUUGUCAGCAGUUUUUUCUUUUCUUCUGUCAGAGUUUUGAGAAGCACAAAAGAUCCUGUGUUUGUGGUUUGAGGAUGUGAAAAAGGUUUCUUUUCAUUUAUCUUUGUCCUGAAUAAGAGAUCAUUUUUAGUGCAUUAUAAAAUAUAUCAACUUAUUGAGUUAAUGAUCCUCUGGGUAUCCAAUGUUUUCAAAAACCAUUCUCAAAUUGUGCAAAUUGACCACCUGUGCAGUGAGUGGUUGUAUGUGUUGCAUGGUCUUCAUCCCUUUUCUCCCAGAAUAAACACUUCAUGAAAGUUUUUCAGUGCUCUGCAAUCAUAUAACUGAAGUAUAAUGAUAAAGGGAAAUAAAUCUUUCUGGAGGUUUGUUCUAAUUUACUGUCCCUUUCGCUAUGUCAUUUUUUUUCCCUCUUAAUUUUUUUGUUUUCCUCCCCUUGUUUCUUGGUGUGAUUUUGUUGUUGUUGUGAGUGAAUGUGUGGCGUUUAUUGUUGUGAGUGAAUGUGUGGCGUUUAUUGUUGUGAGUGAAUGUGUGGCGUUUAUUUGAAUCUGAACUUGUGGAUGUCUGUGUUGUUUUGUAUGUUUAUUCACUAAUGUCGGAAACAAUCAGGUGUAGAAAAUUGAAAUGUUGCUUUUUGUGAUAUAUUUAAUUUGAUUUAUAAAUGGAAAUUGGUUUGUGGCUGCAGUUGUGAGUUAUUUCUGAAUGAAUAUAUUUUGUUGUCCAUUAUUUUUCUAUCUUGUAAUCUAAAAAAAAAAAGAAGAGCUGAUCAAAUGAGAAUGUGAAAUCCAUUUUGAGAAGUCCCUCCAUACAGCAGGUUUUCUCCGUUGAGUCUUAUGUGUUUAAGUGCCACAGCUGUGCCUCAUGUCUGACACUUUGGAAGAGGCAGAGGAGCCUGACUGAUGUCUCACAGUUUUUUGGACACAAUCAUUUUAUCAGAAAAGCAGUCACACCAUGACAGUCAUAUUCUGACAAAAGGCAGUUAUGUUGUGUCAAAUGCGGUCAUGCUAAGACGAAGUUUUAUGAUGUGAUGAACGCAAUAAUAUAUUUUGCACUAAAGCAUGCAAUGGGUGCUUUUUCCCCAAUGAGAAAGCCCAGGAUCAUAGGAAUCCUGAGAACAGUUGCCAUAGUGUUCAAAACGUGUGCAUUCCAGGUGAUUGUAUGACACGAGCACCAUCCUUUUUAAAAAUAUUUAUUUGACGGUUUACACAUUAUCUUUUCCUCCCUUCACUUUUUACAAGAAUUUUUUUCCUUCGUUGUAUAUUUUUGUGUGACAUAAGAUGUGUAAUUGUUUGUCAUUUCAACAUCUUCUUGUAGGAAUGUAAGGAAUUCCAGUCCACCCCCUAAGAAAACUUCCCCUUUUUGUCUUUUAUUUUUAUAGAAAAAUUUAGCUGUUGAUCUUCCACAAACCACAGGAGGUGCACUUUUGUUUUUCCCAUCAAGAAUUGAACAGAUUGAGCUAGACAGAAAGUUUUCCCUUUUUUUCCCCAUUUCUUGUCUCAGAUUUUGAAAUACCUGAAGUUUAAUACAUAUUUUCAAUUGAAAAAAAAAAAAGCAUAUUUCCUUGUGGAGUCAAAAUAAAUGUUAGAAAGAAAA